CAGCGAUGGACCUGAGGCUUGGCGUUUGUGCACUCGGACAUGGGGAAUAAACAGACCAUCUUCACAGCACAGCAGCUCGAUUCCUAUCAGGACUGUACAUAUUUUACAAGGAAAGAAAUUCUCAGACUGUUUGACCGCUAUCGGGAUUUGGCGCCGCAGCUCGUUCCCCUCGACUACACCUGCCAGCCAGAUGUGAAGCUACCAUAUGAGCUGAUUGGCAGCAUGCCAGAGCUGAAGGACAACCCGUUUCGUCAGAGGAUCGCUGAGGUUUUCUCUGACGACGGAGAGGGAAACAUGACCCUGGACGACUUCUUGGACAUGUUUUCAGUCCUGAGCGAGAUGGCCCCGCGUGACCUCAAGGCCUACUACGCUUUCAAAAUAUAUGAUUUCAACAAUGAUGACUUUCUCUGCAAGUCCGACCUGGAGAAGACUCUGAACAAACUGACCCGUAACGAGCUGACGGAGGACGAGGUGAGGAUGGUGUGCGAGAAGGUGAUCGAUGAGUCGGACCUGGACAACGACGGACGGCUGUCCCUGGAGGACUUCCAGACCAUGAUCGUCCGAGCUCCAGACUUUCUGAGGUAGGCCAGAGAUAACCACAUGAUGAACCCCUACAAAGGAUACAUAAGAACAAUUCAUCAUUACAUAUUUUGUAUCAAUGACCGUCAUCCUAUGUUUUUUUAAUAUAAUAAUAUCUGUUCUUAACUUUAACUUCUAAUGAAUAAAUCUAACUUCUCUUAUUUCUGUUCACAGCACCUUCCACAUACGGAUAUAAAGGAAUGAAGCUUUCAUUUAUUUCUUAAUCUUAAUACCACCUAAUGAUGGACUGAGUGUCUGGAAAGUGUGACUUCUCAAGCAACAAAAUCUAAUCUUGUGAAUAACUCAAAUGUGCCUUUUGUGUUUUCUGUUUAAAAAAACCAAUAAAAACCUACUGAUCUAUAUCAGAGAAAAUCAUCCCUUAGACAUGUUGCAUGAAGACAAAUUAGAUUUGUACGCACAUACCGAGUUGAUUCUUCUUCAGAAAUAACACCAGUCAUGGUGACUGCAGGCUUAUCAUCACAUGCAGGCAUGGACGAAGCCUUAAAGACAAGCCUCAUUAGUUAUGACCAUCAACAGCAGAUCUGUUUUGUAUCGAAAAAGGGAUCAGUUACACAAGACUAUAAAACAAAACACAUGCCAGAAUAAUCCACAGGGUUAUAGCGGUCCGAAUAGAGAAGCGUUUGUUGUGCAAGCAGUCAAGCUGCAUGGGGUCAACUGGCAGCCAAUAAAGACAGUGACUAGAAAUAAAGUUAGUUUUAUAAUCUUAUUUUAUUAAAUCAAAAGUACAGAUAUCUACAAACUGUAGAUACAUUUUCAUAUGGGUUUAGAAAGUACAGUACAAUUUAAGUAGAUCUCUUUUUUUUUUCAAUGUGAUAUUUACAAUUUUUUUUCACUUUUUUUCUUCAAAAUGUAUUUUUAUUAUUCUCCCGUGUACUUCACAAAUCGAUGGAUUGAAAAUAUGGCUGUAAAAAGGGAUGUACAUUAUGUUAGUAAAGGAUAUGAUAUCAAAACUAAAAUCAAAGAGAGAGGUUCAUUUCAGAUGAAAAUGACGCAGUUCAGAGUCUCUCUAAAGUCUGCUCCCAACGUUUCUGUUUAUGAAUCAAAGCUACAGUAUCACUCGAGAGGGAAAACAGCUCCACACUUACAGGCUCUCUCUAUUCAAUCUUCCAUCAUGAUAAACUCAACUCGCGUUGUUGUUGCAAUGCCGUUUAUACAGUCCUGUUUUUGGCUCAACGAGUGACACACAAAAAAGCCCAUACAUUCAACUGUACAGGUCUACGUCUGAAAUUACAUCACACAAAUAUGCACAGGUCCAAGAUUCACAAUGCAUAGCUCACCUAUGACAGAACUGAGUAUUAGCAGUUAAGACAAAUGGCCAUGAGGUCCCAAAUGAAUUGAUAAUAAUAAUACAAAAAAAGUGCAGGCAAGCAGAAGCAGAUCCUCCCUCGAUAUUGUGCAUAUAGGAGUUCGAUUUUCAGACUGGUGAGAAAUGAAGGAAGGAGACAUGAGGAGCAGUGGAAAUAGAUGUCAAAUAGUGGGUACAUGUUUGGAUCGCACAGGUAUAGCUCACUGUGCCUCGCGCUCUUAAUAAAAUACUGAUUAAAAUGUGAGUUCAGGUGUUCAUCUAUAGUGCAUACUGUGCCUCUGGUGCCACCUAGCUGUCAAACUAAAGGGCCACUGUCAAACACAAACGCACAAUAAUACUAGUGGGAGCACCUUUCAGCUUUCACCAAGCCAGCAUUCAUGUGAUAAGCCAAGAAACAUUACUUUUUAAACUAUAAUUUGGCAGGGCAGUAGCAUAUGAACAGGCUUUUUUUUCUUUAUAUAAAUAUAUAUAAGUACAUUGGGGCAAUGUUUUUCAGUGAACUAAUACCACGGCAGUGGAUCACUAGAAGUGAAAUAGCAAAGGAUAUCAAGUCAUUUAUAAGUAGAUGUGGUAAAAAAGAGUUUAGGAAUUAUGCCCAAUAUAUUACCAAGACUCAAAAUGUUUUUAAGUAAGUACUUGUACUGCAAAACUAUCACUUGGCACAGACUACACACAAAACACGAGUUACUGGUAAAGUGCAAGGAGAGCUGCAUGGAUAGCAGAAGAGGGGGGGGCUUACAGUAUGAAAAAUUCAAAAGUGAUCUUAAUUUCU